UUUUACCUUCGCAACUCCGUCAACUGUUUGUUAAUCCGGACAUAAAAAUGGAUCCGUACAGAGAAAUAAGACUCCUAAGAAGACGGUUUACAAAUCAGAGAAAUCGACACGUGGCUUCUGGAAAUACCCUAUAAGGUCUAGAAAGAUCCUUAGGAGUCGGUGUGAAAAUGGGCCCCCACCUUGACGAACACAGAAUGGUGUUUUUGAUUUGUUGUGACAAAAGGAUGAGAUUGAAUUGAUAAUAUAAGCCAUCCUAUGCCAUAAGUCUUAACCUCAAAAACUGAUCACAAAUUCACAAUCAAACAAGCUCGAAGGUUUCUUUCCAAUCCAACUCCUCACCGUGGGCCUUUCGAUUCAAAGUCUAAGUUAUUGUUAUUUCAUUAUUAUUACUCGUUAUAAUUGAACUCUACCUCUUACGUUUUAUUUUGUAACAAUCAAGUUACAACAAUGGCCACCAACGAGAUAGAGGUUAAGGAAGAGAACCAGAACAAAGAACUAAAGCGCCUAGGGUUUGUGAAGAUCGCUGCUAUUCAAACUUAUGUGUUUGUUUCAUAUCUGUAUGAAUCCGCUAAGAAAAACUCAGGACCUUUGAGAUCUGCUGUUGAAACGGUGGAGGGAACAGUUACCACCGUUAUUGGUCCUGUAUACGACAAAUUUAAGGGUGUCCCCGAUGAUGUCCUUGUUUUUGUGGACAACAAGGUGGAUGAAGCUACGCACAAGUUCAAUGAGCAUGCUCCUCCUUUUGCUAAGCAGCUUGCAGAUCAAUCCAAAAGUUUGAUUCAGAAAGUGACAAAUGAAGCGGGGAAAGUUGUGAGUAAGGGUCGAUCUGGAGGACCACGAGCAGCUGUAGAUUAUGUUGCUAUAGAGUCCAAAAAUUUGCUACUAAUCAAUUCAGUGAAGAUCUGGCAUGUGCUCAACCAAUUUCCACCAUUCCAUGCAGUGGCAGAGAUGGCAACUCCCACUGCUGCUCACUGGUCUGAGAAAUACAACCAUGUAAUCAAGGCUAUGGCUGAAAAGGGCUAUAGUUUUGUUGGGUAUCUACCUUUCAUUCCUAUUGAUGAUAUAUCUAAGGCAUUUAAGCAGGGGGAAGCUAAGUUGAAAGGAAAUGGAGUGGUCUCUGGGGGAAAGAAAACAGAAUAAUCUUAUUCUGAUGAAGUUUUUAUUUUACUUAUUUACAGACUUUGCUUUUGAGUGACUUUGUUUUCUGAGUUGAAACAAUUUGGGCCUAGUUGUGGCUUUAAACGUUUGAUGUUAGUAAGGUCUUGUAAUUAAUCCGAGUAUGUAGAAAAUAGUUUAUAGUGGUCGUGUAUAUUAAGUUCGCUUACUGUUAUUUUAUUACAAGAGUUGGCUAUUGCAAUUGUGGUUACAUGUGUCUGUAAACUUUUGCAAUAUAAAAGACCACAAUGCAAUUUUAUAGCUACUACAAUUUAAAACCUUAUUGGGUAGCUCAACAUAAUACACGCUUUUGUAGUUUUGUGUCUA